GUGUCGGCUGCGUCACUUCCCGCAGUCGUUCAUUUUGCAAGUCGCCGCAUUUUGCAACCGACGCGGCCUGCCCCGCGGGCGCCCCGGCCCGGCGGCCGCGCCUCGCGCUUCGAUCGCAUGUGCCCGCGCUAACAUGCCCGUGUGUUCGAUUGUUUACCUUAGCACUAGUUGAUAGCCGAGGCUCUGGCAUGCUCAUGUGAGUACCAGUUGUCAACGCACGCGGCCGCACGUCUGUCCUGCAUUGCGUCGUGCCAAUGCGUGCUGAUAUUUACUAACCCGUGUGCCAGAUUGUGAUGCGUUUUGUGGAUUGUCGGCAGUCGGACUGUGGUCGGCGAUUCGUGGUCUGUUCGCCGGGGUCUGGGUCGGUGUCGCGCGGCAGCCGCGCGGUUGGCGCGCGUCGUGGCGGCAUGCGGUAGCGCGAGCGCGCGGCCGAGCGGCGGGUCGGGUCCUGUGCGCUGUCGGCUAUGUGCCCCCCUUGCACUACACUGGGUGGUGUUAGCCUAAGAUGGUGUUGGCGCUGGUGGUCGGACUCCUGUGCGUGUGGAGUCGCCUGAGCGUCGCCAACCCUGAUGCGAAGCGCUUGUACGACGACCUGCUGUCCAACUACAACCGACUGAUCCGGCCCGUCGGCAACAACUCGGACCGACUCACAGUCAAAAUGGGGCUCCGGCUCAGUCAGCUUAUCGAUGUUAACCUUAAGAAUCAAAUCAUGACAACGAACGUUUGGGUAGAACAGGAGUGGAACGACUACAAACUCAAGUGGAACCCGGAAGACUACGGCGACGUCAAAACUCUCCACGUGCCUUCUGAACACAUAUGGCUGCCAGACAUCGUUCUUUACAACAACGCGGACGGUAACUACGAAGUGACGAUAAUGACGAAAGCCAUCCUACACUACGACGGCAAAGUGAUAUGGAAGCCGCCGGCCAUCUACAAGUCCUUCUGCGAGAUCGACGUGGAGUACUUCCCCUUUGACGAGCAGACUUGCUUCAUGAAGUUCGGCAGUUGGAGCUACGAUGGUUAUACGGUGGAUUUGAGGCAUCUGAAGCAAACGCCAGACUCCGACGCGAUAGGAAUGGGCAUCGACCUGUCAGAAUACUAUAUAUCCGUGGAGUGGGACAUCAUGCGAGUGCCGGCCACCAGAAACGAGAAGUUCUACUCCUGCUGCGAGGAGCCUUACCCCGACAUCAUAUUCAACCUAACCCUAAGAAGAAAAACCCUCUUCUACACGGUCAAUCUCAUCAUCCCAUGCGUUGGGAUCUCGUUCCUCUCAGUCCUGGUCUUCUAUCUACCUUCGGACUCCGGAGAAAAGAUCUCACUCUGCAUAUCUAUCCUUCUCUCCUUGACCGUGUUCUUCUUACUGCUAGCAGAAAUUAUCCCCCCCACCUCACUCACUGUCCCACUUUUAGGAAAAUAUUUAUUGUUCACUAUGAUGUUAGUCACAUUAUCAGUAGUGGUCACUAUCGUGGUGCUGAACGUUAACUUUAGGUCCCCGGUCACCCAUCAUAUGGCACCUUGGGUCCGGAAGGUCUUUAUAGAUUUUUUACCAAAAAUAUUAUGCAUACAAAGGCCGGAGAAGCCAGAAGACGACGAUAACGAUAAGCCGACUGAGGUCCUCACCGACGUAUUUGGUGGCGACGACCUAGACGGCAAGUUCAAAGAGUGGGGUUGCGAGGAAUACGAGCUGCCGGGACUGCCGCCGUCGCCCCCUCCGCCCCCCGGCGGGGACGACGAGCUCUUCUCCCCUCCCCCUGGCUCGCCCUGCCGCCUGGAUCUGGACGCCGAUAGUCCCUCUCUAGAUAAACACUACGUGAGAGAGAUGGAAAAGACUAUAGAAGGUUCCAGGUUUAUUGCGCAACAUGUCAAGAAUAAGGAUAAGUUUGAGAGUGUGGAGGAUGACUGGAAGUACGUGGCGAUGGUGCUUGACAGGAUCUUCCUGUUCGCCUUCACGAUAGCGUGCGUGCUCGGCACCGCGCUUAUCAUCUUUCGCGCCCCCACCUUCUACGACAACUCCAAACCCAUCGACAUCCUCUACUCCAAGAUCGCCAAGAAGAAACUCGAGCUCCUAAGGAUGGGCUCCGAAAUGGACCCGGGUCUCUGAAAUUCGUCGUACGUCUUCGGCCACUCGCCGCCGAAGACGUUUUGGGAGCUAAUCGUGAUGUGGUGGCACGGAUGAUCGCAGUGAAGCUCCUGGCGAAUGUGAGGCGAGGACUCUGUGCUCAGUGAGUGUGGUGCGACGUACGCAGUGGAAACCGUCUUUUUAUAUGAACUAGGAGACUGUGUCCGUCGGACGCACGGCGCGCGCCGUGGUUAGUCCGCCACAACUAUUUUUAUAUUAGAAUCGCUGUAUUGGUCGUAUAUACUGGAGCGGAUGUGUAAUUUUUGUAUGUUUUCAUCGGAAGGUUUCUUUUCCAGGGAUUAUUUGAUACGAGCGCACAAACAUUGUACAGAUAUAUUAAGGGUUUUAUAUUAAGUUCUCGCGAUAGAUUCGUUUGGUUAUCAGGACGUAAACGACGCUCUUAUUACUUACUCUAAGGUUCACUUCGUAUAAGUGGAGCUCAAUUUCGUAUGUUUAAGUAUUGUACGGACUACGCAAAGUCGAUUAGCGUUUGGAGUAUUUAAUUUUAAAUUUUCAUGCAAACGUCCUCCAUGAGAACCGGACAUGUAGACACAUGUAUAUGUAAUGAUUGUGUAAUAAAUUGAAUUAUACAUAAUGUAUUUGAUAAACUACGUACCUACUCGCGUAACAAUCAUAAGGACAAUAUCGAUAAAAUGACGAAUGUAUUGAAUCUGUUAGGGUAAGGUUGUAGAUACGUUAGGGGUUAGGGAGCCGAGCCGCGCCGCGGCCGUCAUCGGUGCGCGUUGCUGCCAACCUAGCAUAGUGGACGGUGAUAUUAUUUAAAUAGAUAUUUAAACACAAUUGACUGCCAAUUGUAAAUUACAUUUUUAUAAAAAUCGAUAUUCUUAGAUAGUUCGAUAACUUAUUUGAUUAGAUUUUUUAAACAGAGUGCCAAACACCAUCGCCAAUGUUUGAGGAUAUGCCAAACUGACGUUCAUUUCUGCCGGUCCGUUCGCGUGAGGGUUUGCUUGGAUACAUUAGUUUAAUAUGUACGAAACAUAUGCUUGCCCUUCAAACGACUGAACCUAUAGUUUGCUCGUGCUUUCGUACUUGGUCCGCGUUUCUAAUAAUCAUAGAGUACAGGGUAAACUUAGUACACAAUUUUCUUCCCUUGAUUUGUCUCACGAUCUUCACCGAUAGUAAUAUCUUGUACACUUAUCGGCACUUUACCUAACACUAUUAGAUAAUAGUCAUUGUUGAGGUUUGUGACAUUAGUCUGUAUGUAGCCUUUACUGUUCCUUUGUAUUAGACUAGUUAGGUGUUUGUUUGAGUUACUUUGAUGCGUCUUUUCGGCGCAUCCCUAGUUACUUUAGUAGUUAUACGUCUAUUGGAACACUCUUGCGCGUAAUAAGCGUUUUACCUCACUUCGACCCAUUGUGUAGGGUUAUAGUAGCAGUCUAUAAUAAAAUAAAAAAUUUCGAGCCGCGUAUUUAAUAUGUCAAAGUAAUAAGGAUUUUAGAUAAAAUACUUAGAUAACUCAGAGUUAUUGAUAUAAAGGAAACCACAGCGAGCAGUUAGGAAAACAGGGAUGGUUAUAGUAAAAUUAUUCAAAUUGUUUUUGUGAUUCGUCUUCAUAUUUGUAAGUGUUAUUGAGUAUGUAUAGCAGUUCGUGUGGGUGAACGCUGUGGCUAGACUAAGACACGAACGCGUGUACUGCCCGCGUGUACACGUUACAGGCGGUACACGGAGGCAAGCAAACUGGUUUCACGAAGGAAUUCUCAAACGGAAUUGUUCGUCUACUAAUAAAAUAACUAAUAAAAUAAUUUUCUUAUAAGACACAACUCACCUGUCGGUUUAUUGAAAGUAGGAAUGUGCUAUUGCACGCACCGAAACACACCAAUUUAGUAUUAUUAAUUACUAUUUAUCAAUAAUGAAUAAUUAGUUAAGACCACAGGCUUCCCACUGUUCCGUGAUCAUCUAAACUUUUAUUGUAGAUAAUUGCUAGAAAAGGAUGGUCUGUUGUUAUUUUUAUAUGACUGCAAAUAAGUAAAACCUAGUUAGAUUUUCUAAACACCGUAGGCUAAAGUGUCGCGUGUUUGUACAUUGGACGAUACAUUUGAUGGUGUAAAUAGUGUGUUGUCCGAAUCUGGUCAUUAGAUAAAUGCAGUGACGACGCAAAAAAUGGCUUUAAAUGUGGUCAAGGCAUUUUAAUAACCAAUCUACAGUAAGACCUCUCUAACCCGGACGAGAAGAAUACCAGCCGAAUUAUCCUCUGCAUGUUUUAUGCUUUAGAAAAUAUUUAAAAUAGCAAAUAAAUGAAUAGAUAUUCAGUAAAUAUGGAAAUAAACUAACAAUAAAAAAAAUCCGUGAAUUUUCUUAUUGCGAAGGCACUGAGUCGGAGAAGAAUAUUCAAAAUUUCGUAACUAUCAAAGUCAGUGCGCCCGCGUCUAGACCGUCCGGAUUACAAGGAUCACCGGAUUAGCGAGGCUCUACUGUAAUAAUGACUAAAAGCAUAAUAUGUUGGGCAAUUAUUAUCAAUUGAUGAUCCAGUUUCCACAAAAACACUCGCGUACAGUUCCAUCUAGUUUCAACAUGUAUGCUUUUAGUUAUACUUAAAUAAACAACACUUAUUGUUUCGUGUUAUUAAAAUGUUAAAAACCUGCGGCGGUAACACGUUCGCAUUUUUAUCACCAUGCAUGUCACGUUUUAACAAGUAAGUGCGAAGCGAAAGUGACAGCCAUAAUGACAUGCGAUAUAAAUGCAACCAUGCUGCUGCUGGACCACAUAAAGUCUAAACUGAAUGAGCUGAGCCUAUACAACGAUAAGUAACCCUUAUAUUUUGAAUGCGUGUUAUGUAAUUAGAUGUCUCCUUGUAAUUGUAUUGCCCACGUUCGCUCCGACCCCCGGGUACCCUGGGCAACUCCACGGGUAACUCCCGGACUUUUAAGACUAUGAGUUGUGUUUCGUCGAGGUUGUGUGAGCAGCCUUCCCUGUGAUUCGUACCUCGGUUGUAGUUGUUGUCUCUAAGACCUAGUAGUUGUGUUAUACUUUACCCUAUUUAAAAGCUGCUACAGUCUUUUGCAAAAAGAAUACUACAAUGUGAUUAGUUAUUAGGUUCCGGAUUUUUUAUUUAUUGUUAAACACUUUUUUAUAUUAACCCAGAGGAGUUACAUGCGCGUUGCCAACCCUAACACUCCGCACCCUCGUUGAGCUCUGGCAACCUUACUCAUCAGCAGGAAUACAACACUAUGAAUAGGGU